AUGGAGGCGGCGACUGGGAGUCGAUUGUUGGGAGAGAUUGAGGAGAUGAGUUUAGAAGAGAUGCUUCGAGGUUUACGUUCAUCGCCCACGUUGGAUCCGAACGUACUCGGCCUCAGGACUCAGUUUCAACCAAGAAAACUCACACAUAUAUCGCCGCUUGAUGAAAUAGCAGCGGCUCAUUUUCAUACGACAAAAAUUGCGAGUAUUGGAAUAUCUGGACGUCACCUCCCGCUUCUUUAUAAAGUCGUAUCGAAUCUCGUCAGCCCACCUCAUCUCUAUGCUAUUCUCAUUAUCGACAUAGAAGGUCGCUUCGAUGCCACCCGGUUGCAUUGUUCGCCAUCUCAUAUGCGACACGUUUACGUUCAAAGGCCCGCUCGAAACGAUCCAGAACAUACACGUACCCUUGUAGCCGAAGCAGAAGGGAUCCUUCUUUACGGCGACGUAGCUCGCGCAAGCGCUGGACGUGAGUGGUGGGGAACUAUCGUCGUAGGCGGUUUGGGAUCUGGUGAUAUCUCAGCGAACUGGAAAGGAUGGCUACGGGUCGAUCGCGAGGGCGUGCGUGGCUUUGCAUUAGGUAUCAGUGCACAGGAGGCUCUAGAUCAGAAGAAGCAGAGACAUGAUGUUGUGGACAUGGCUGGGUGGGCAGUCACUUCGCAGUGGGGAGGAUAUACGUUCAAAGAUGGUGGCGAGGACGCUUCUGAGGAGGAUACGAGAAAAGGGGACGGUGUUGACAAUAUAGAACGAGUCGAGGUCAACCGGGAAUGA